AUGGUGAUAUUUGGUGGAUCAGAUGAGACUCCAUUUGCAAAGGCAGUUAGUAACACUAUUACGUGGGAUCAAAAACCAAAUGCGGAUUAUUUCGACAUAGCUAGUCUAAGUCGUCUCAUAACGUUAACUGUACGCAAAACUGCACCAUGUUUGCAGAUGGAACGUGGCCCUCUAGCACCCUGCAUUGAUGGCACGUGUAUAAUAAUAAUAAUGAUAUAAUAUGCCAUUUAGCAGACGCUUUUAUCCAAAGUGACUUACAGUCAUGCGUGCAUACAUUUUUUUUUUGUGUAUGGGUGGUCCCGGGGAUCGAACCCACUACCUUGGCGUUACAAGCGCCGUGCUCUACCAGCUGAGCUACAGAGGACCACGUGUAUGCUCGUGUUGUUUUCUUGUGAUUCAUGAGAUGAGACCUACAUGAGACAUUAUAAUGAGGCCAAGCACAAAUGAUUGUGCCGUUAUACAAUACAUAUGCCUAUAUGAUAUAGGCUACUGCACAUUACGCACGACAGAAAAACAAAAGCCCAUAUGUAGUUAGCUCUAUGCUCUCUUGGAUAAAUAAAUGAAACUAGCUCCAGUAGGCAAAUCUUUUUGAGUCUGAACUUUUAUUGUAUUAUAUGGACUGGAAUUAUGCACAUCCUUCAAACCAUGGUAAAGCAUUAAGGGAAAAUGCGAUUCUGGUGUAGCACAUGCGGCCUACAAAGUUAAGUACAGGCUAGUGAAUUAGAUUUUCAUUUUGAAAUAUAAUAGGGCCUAUUGGUGUAAUUAGUAGGCUGAUGCUUAUAUACCUUUCAUAAUAGUUCCCCUAAUGUUAUCAAAAUCAAAUCAAAUCAAAUUUUAUUGGUCACAUGCGCCGAAUACAACAGGUGCAGACAUUGCAGUGAAAUGCUUACUUACAGCCCUUAACCAACAGUGCAUUUAUUUUAAACAAAAAAAGUAAGAAUAAAACAACAACAACAAAAAAGUGUUGAGAAAAAAAAGCAGAAGUAAAAUAAAGUGACAGUAGGGAGGCUAUAUAUACAGUAAAAUAAAGUGACAGUAGGGAGGCUAUAUAUACAGGGGGGUACCGUUGCAGAGUCAAUGUGCGGGGGCACCGGCUAGUUUAGGUAGUUGAGGUAAUAUGUACAUGUGGGUAGAGUUAAAGUGACUAUGCAUAAAUACUUAACAGAGUAGCAGCAGCGUAAAAAGGAUGGGGUGGGGGGGCAGUGCAAAUAGUCCGGGUAGCCAUGAUUAGCUGUUCAGGAGUCUUAUGGCUUGGGGGUAGAAGCUGUUGAGAAGUCUUUUGGACCUAGACUUGGCACUCCGGUACCGCUUGCCGUGCGGUAGCAGAGAGAACAGUCUAUGACUAGGGUGGCUGGAGUCUUUGACAAUUUUGAGGGCCUUCAUCUGACACCGCCUGGUAUAGAGGUCCUGGAUGGCAGGGAGCUUUGCCCCAGUGAUGUACUGGGCCGUACGCACUACCCUCUGUAGUGCCUUGCGGUCAGAGGCCAAGCAGUUGCCAUACCAGGCGGUGAUGCAACCAGUCAGGAUGCUCUCGAUGGUGCAGCUGUAGAAUUUUUUGAGGAUCUGAGGACCCAUGCCAAAUCUUUUUAGUCUCCUGAGGGGAAUAGGCUUUGUCGUGCCCUCUUCACGACUGUCUUGGUGUGUUUGGACCAUGAUAGUUCGUUGGUGAUGUGGACACCAAGGAACUUGAAGCUCUCAACCUGUUCCACUACAGCCCCGUCGAUGAGAAUGGGGGCGUGCUCAGUCCUCUUUUUUUUUCCUGUAGUCCACAAUCAUCUCCUUUGUCUUGGUCACGUUGAGGGAGAGGUUGUUGUCCUGGCACCACACGGCCAGAUCUCUGACCUCCUCCCUAUAGGCUGUCUCAUCGUUGUCGGUGAUCAGGCCUACCACUGUUGUGUCGUCGGCAAACUUAAUGAUGGUGUUGGAGUCGUGCCUGGCCAUGCAGUCAUGGGUGAACAGAGAGUACAGGAGGGGACUGAGCACGCACCCCUGAGGGGCCCCCGUGUUGAGGAUCAGUGUGGCAGAUGUGUUGUUACCUACCCUUACCACCUGGGGGCGGCCCGUCAGGAAGUCCAGGAUCCAGUUGCAGAGGGAGGUGUUUAGUCCCAGGAUCCUUAGCUUAGUGAUGAGCUUAGAGGGCACUAUGGUGUUGAAUGCUGAGCUGUAGUCAAUGAAUAGCAUUCUCACAUAGGUGUUCCUCUUGUCCAGGUGGGAAAGGGCAGUGUGGAGUGCGAUAGAGAUCGCAUCAUCUGUGGAUCUGUUGGGGCGGUAUGCAAAUUGGAGUGGGUCUAGGGUUUCUGGGAUUAUGCUGUUGAUGUGAGCCAUGACCAGUCUUUCAAAGCACUUCAUGGCUACAGACGUCAGUGCUACGGGUCGGUAGUCAUUUAGGCAGGUUAUCUUAGAGUUCUUGGGCACGGGGACUAUGGUGGUCUGCUUGAAACAUGUUGGUAUUACAGACUCAGUCAGGGACAUGUUGAAAAUGUCAGUGAAGACACUUGCCAGUUGGUCAGCACAUGCUCGGAGUACACGUCCUGGUAAUCCGUCUGGCCCUGCGGCCUUGUGAAUGUUGACCUGCUUAAAAGUCUUACUCACAUCGGCUACGGAGAGCGUGAUCACAUAGUCGUCCGGAACAGCUGGUGCUCUCAUGCAUGCUUCAGUGUUGCUUGCCUCGAAGCGAGCAUAGAAGUGGUUUAGCUCGUCUGGUAGGCUUGUGUCACUGGGCAGCUCGCGGCUGUGCUUCCCUUUGUAGUCUGUAAUAGUUUUCAAGCCCUGCCACAUCCGACGAGCGUCAGAGCCAGUGUAGUAUGAUUCAAUCUUAGACCUGUAUUGACUCUUUGCCUGUUUGAUGGUUCGUCGGAGGUCAUAGCGGGAUUUCUUAUAAGCGUCCGGGUUAGAGUCCCGUUCCUUGAAAGCGGCAGCUCUACCCUUUAGCUCAGUGCGGAUGUUUCCUGUAAUCCAUGGCUUCUGGUUGGGGUAUGUACGUACGGUCACUGUGGGGACGACAUCAUCGAUGCACUUAUUGAUGAAGCCAGUGACUGAUGUGGUGUACUCCUCAAUGCUGUCUGAAGAAUCCCGGAACAUGUUCCAGUCUGUGCUAGCAAAACAGUCCUGUAGCUUAGCAUCUGCGUCAUCUGACCACUUUUUUAUUAACCGAAUCACUGGUGCUUCCUGCUUCAGUUUUUGCUUAUAAGCAGGAAUCAGGAGGAUAGAGUUAUGGUCAGAUUUGCCAAAUGGAGGGCGAGGGAGAGCUUUGUAUGCGUCUCUGUGUGUGGAGUAAAGGUGGUCUAGAGUUUUUUUCCCUCUGGUUGCACAUUUAACAUGCUGGUAGAAAUGAGGUAGAACGGAUUUAAGUUUCCCUGCAUUAAAGUCCCCGGCUACUAGGAGCGCUGCAUCUGGAUGAGCGUUUUCCUGUUGAUUAAUGGCCUUGUACAACUCAUUCAGUGCAAUCUUAAUGCCAGCAUUGGUUUGUGGUGGUAAAUAGACAGCUAUGAAAAAUAUAGAUGAAAACUCUCUUGGUAAAUAGUGUGGUCUACAGCUUAUCAUAAGAUACUCUACCUCAGGCGAGCAAAACCUCGAGACUUCCUUGGUAUUUGAUUUUGUGCACCAGCUGUUGUUUACAAAUAUACAGAGACCGCCACCCCUUGUCUUACCAGAGUCUGCAGUUCUGUCCUGUCGAUGUAGCGUAUAGCCCGCUAGCUGAAUGUUAUCAUUGUUGUCGUUCAGCCACGACUCCGUGAAACAUAAGAUAUUACAGUUUUUAAUGUCCCGUUGGUAGGAUAACCGUAAUCUUAAAUCGUCAAUUUUAUUCUCAAAAGAUUGAACGUUGGCUAAUAGGAUUGAUGGGAGAGGCAGUUUACUCGCUCGCCGUCGGAUCCUUACGAGGCACCCGGAUCUGCGUCCGCGAUAUCUCCGUCUCUUCCUCACGCGAAUGACGGGGAUCGGCCUUGUCGGGUGUCUGUAUGAUAUCCUUCGCGAACGCCUCGUUGAAGAAAAAAUAUUCGUCCAAAGCGAGGUGAGUAAUCGCUGUCCUGAUAUCCAGAAGCUCUCUUUGGUUAUAAGAGACGAUGGCAGAAACAUUAUGUACAAAAUAAAUUACAAAUAACGCGGAAAAACACACAUAAUAGUACAAUUGGUUAGAGGGCUGUAAAACGGCAGCCAUCUUCUUCCGGCGCUGUUCUUAUUAGCCUACCUCCUUUCUCUACAGUUGCUUCAUUCCUUCCUCACUUUCAACUGUUAAAUGACAUUUGUUUCGUUGUCCUUAUCUUCAUCAUUCUGACAUCCUUGAAUAAUAUAGGACUAGAAUUAGAUGCAGGAGGCUUUCACUUCUCUUUACGAAGAUUGAAUGGUUAUGGGUCUGAAUAAAUAACUGCUAUAGACUACCGCCAUCGCGCAUUCACUCUUCUUUCAAACUACCCGUGAGUUCUAUUGGCUGCUGUAUUUAACAUUCAGCAAACGAGGUUGUGUCCCUCUUCGAAUAGUCUGUUGGGUAGAAGAAACCACCCAAAAAAGAAUGUCCAACAAGCUAUUCUAGUCUAGCGUUUCCUGUAUGGGACUCCAAGAGCUAUGGGAUGUUUUUUAAGGAGAGGGGCCAGCGGAGCACAUAUGCAUACGCAAGAGACUGAGGUUAUAGGCCAAAUUAUGCGCUUAUUUUGCAUAACCCAUAAUUAAUUGUUCAAAUAUAAGGCUAAUACUGCAUUUAAUUUAUUACCUGAAAGGGGUAGGGUAAGUCAUUAUUUAUGUGUGUAUAUAUAGAUAUAUAUAUAUAUAUACACACACACAAACACUACAAGUCAAAAGUUUGGACACACCUACUCAUUCAAGGGUUUUUCUUUAUUUGUACUAUUUCGUACAUUGUAGAAUAAUAGUGAAGACAUCAAAACUAUGAAAUAAUACAUAUGGAAUCAUGUAGUAGCCAAAAAAGGUUCGAUUCCCACAGGGGGCCAGUAUGAAUUUUUUAAAAUAAAAUGUAUGCACUCACUAACUGUAAGUCGCUCUGGAUAAGAGCGUCUGCUAAAUGACUAAAAUGUAAAUGUAAAUAUAUUUGAGAUUCCAAGAGUGAAUGCCAAGAGUGUGCAAAGCUGUCAUCAAGGCAAAGGGUGGUAUUUGAAGAAUAUAUUUUGAUUUGUUUAACACUUUUUUGGUUACUACAUGAUUCCAUAUGUGUUAUCUAAUAGUUUUGAUGUCUUCACUAUUAUUCUACAAUGUAGAAAAUAGUAAAAAAUAAAGCAAAACCCUUGAAUGAAUAGGUGUGUCAACUUCUGACUGGUAGUGUGUGUGUGUAUAUACACUACCUUUCAAAAGUUUGGGGUCACUUAGAAAUGUCCUUGUUUUUGAAGAAUCUAGUUUUUUGUCGAUUUUAAAAUAACAUCAAAUUGAUCAGAAAUACAGUGUAGACAUUGUUAAUGUUGUAAAUGGCUAUUGUAGCUGGAAACGGCUGAUUUAAUGUAAUAUCUACAUAGGUGUACAGAGGCCCAUUAUCAGCAACUAUCAGUCCUGUGUUCCAAUGGCACGUGUUUGCUAAUCCAAGUUUAACUUUUUAAAAGGCUAAUUGAUCAUUAGAAAACCCUUUUGCAAUUAUGUUAGCACAGCUGAAAACGUUGUGCUGAUUAAAGAAGCAAUAAAACUGGCCUUCCUGAGACUAGUUGAGUAUCUGGAGCAUCAGCAAUUGUGGGUUCGAUUACAGGCUCAAAAUGGCCAGAAACAAAUAACUUUCUUCUGAAACUCGUCAGUCUAUUCUUAUUCUGAGAAAUGAAGGCUAUUCCAUGCGAGAAAUUGCCAAGAAACUGAAGAUCUCGUACAACGCUGUGUACUACUCCCUUCACAGAACAGCGCAAACUGUCUCUAACAAGAAUAGAAAGAGUGGGAGGCCCCGGUGCACAACUGAGCAAGAGGACAAAUACAUUAGUGUCUAGUUUGAGAAACAGACGCCUCACAGGUCUUCAACUGGCAGUUUCAUUAAAUAGUACCCGCAAAACACCAGUCUCAACGUCAACAGUGAAGAGGCGACUCCUGGAUGAUGACCUUCUAGGCAGAGUUGCAAAGAAAAAGCCAUAUCUCAGACUGACCAAUAAAAAGAAAAGAUUAAGAUGGGCAGUCUGAGAUAUGUCUUUUUCUCUUCCGUGCACUGAUUUUAAAGAAACAAUAUUCGUGUGAUGGGCUGUUUUUAAAACUCUGCAGCGGCAAUAAAUAAAUAAAGAUAUCUUGCAAUUAAAAAAAAAAAAAAAAAGCUGCCCCCCGAAAGCCAGACGGAGAUGGGUAAAUUAGACGCGCGUUCUGUCUUCUAUUACUGUAGCAUAGACAAUGCUGCAGCAAAUGCAAGCCUACCUGUCACAAAGUGUUCCCACGAUCGGUCUACAUGCAUUGUGUACUGCACUCCAUACUGAGAUGAGCUGUCUGUCCCCACCCUGAGCGUUGAUGAUUCAUCAUGCAGAGGCUGUAGAGAAGCCAGAUUUAGACAUUGCAUGUAGUUUCAGUUCCAGUUCAUAUAAAUAAUUUAUUGUAAUCUCAGUUAUUUAUCCUGGGGAAGGGGAGUGGUUUUGGGCUGUAAAUCUCAGUAACCGGGUUCCCGACCUUCAACCCUAGUACACAUAGACAGGACCGUUACGAACGCAAAGCAUCACAACUAUGGCAGCAGCGUAGCUAUACAUUGUGAUGGUAUAUGUGAAUGCUCCCAUACAGCCGGUACACCUUAGCUAGUGUAAAGCACCGGCAGCAAUUUUUCAACUGACCUUUACAUGGCGAUUUACUACAGAGGUGUAAGUAAACCAGUCCGGCACAGAGUACCGGCAAAAUAAAUAGUGGGGAUAUGUCGUACUGGUAAAACGUCUAUCACAAUAAUUAAAACAUCAUUACCGCAUGAAACAUUUACGAAUGGACUUAAUCAUGUGGAAAUACGCUCCCAAAUACGGUGUGGUUCGACAAUAACGGUAACAUUUUGCCAUGGCAGAUACUUUUGUAUGUAUAGUGUUGGUGGACACCCCUUCCAAUUUGUGGAUUCUGAUUUUUCAGCCACACCCGUUGCUGACAGGCGUAUAAAAUCGAGCGCACAGCCAUGCAAUCUCCAUAACCAAACAUUGGCGGUAGAAUGGCCCGUACUGAACAGCUCAGUGACUUUCAACGUGGCACCGUCAUAGGAUGCCACAUUUCCAAGAAGUCAGUUUGUCAAAUUUCUGCCCUGCUAGAGCUGCCCCGGUCAACUGUAAGUGCUGUUAUAGUGAAGUGGAAGCGUCUAGGAGCAACAACGGCUCAGCCGCGAAGUGGUAGGCCACACAAGCUCACAGAACAGGACCACCGAGUGCUGAACCGCGUAGCACGUAAAAAUCGUCUGUCCUCGGUUGCAACACUCACUACCGAGUUCCAAACUACCUCUGGAAGCAACUUCAGCACAAAAACAGUUUGUCGGGACCUUCACCAUCUGGCAGUCCAACAGACAAAUCUGGGUUUGGCGGAUGCCAGGAGAACGCUACCUGCCCGAAUGCAUAGUGCCAACUGUGAAGUUUGUUGGAGGCGGAAUAAUGGUCUGGGGCUGUUUUCCAUGGUUUGGGCUAGGCCCCUUAGUUCCAGUGAAGGGAAAUCUGCACCAACUGCAAAGCCAGGCCCAAUCGCCCAACAUCAGUGCCCAACCUCACGAAUGCUCUUGUGGCUCAAUGGAAGCAAGUCCCCCCCCCCAGCAAUGUUCCAACAUCUAGUGGAAAGCCUUCCCAUAAGUGUGAAGGCUGCAGCAAUGGGGGAACCAACUCCAUAUUAAUGUCCAUGAUUUUGGAAUGAGAUGUUCGAUGAGCAGUUGUCCACAUACUUUUGGUCAUGUAGUGUAUGUUUGGCUGAGAUGUGCGCGGACAGCUGUGAAUGCAUCAAUUCAGUUAGGCCUAUUUGACAAUCACCGAAAGUCAUUCAUUACACUUUUGGUGUUUUGUAACAAUGUCUCUAUCAAUUCAUCAAAUUGCAGGUGCACAGUGCACUCUAUGGAUGCAGGAAUUAUUUUAGUGGAUGAAUGGUCCUUUGUUUUUACACUGCUGCUACUCGCUGUUUAUUUACCAUGCAUAGUCACUUUACCCCUACCUACAUAUGCAAAUGACCUCGACUAACGGGUACCCCCGCACAUUGGUACCGGUACCUAAUGUUUAUAGCCUCGUUAUUUUAUUGUGUUUUUAUUUUAUUUAGUAAAUAUUUUCGUAACUUUCUUGAACUGCAUUGUUAAGGGCUUGUAAGUAAGCAUUUCACGGUAAGGUCUACACCUGUUGUAUUCGGCACAUGUGACAAAUACAAUUGUAUUUGAUGUGCACAGGUAGCCAGGCUUACAGAAUCCUUGAAGUGAUUUUGACAAAAACAUAAUGAGUGUUUGUGUUUAUGCUAGGGCUGUCCCCGACAAAAAAUUACAUAAUUGGUCGACCAAGAGUCGUCUGUCUUUCGACCCACCGAUUGUAAGAUUUUUUUUAAUUUUUUUUUUAUACCCGUGUAUUUUUCCAGAUAUUGACACAUCCUAUGUGUUUUUAAUCAAAUCAACUAUAUUCACUGAGCUUGUCUGACGCUUUAAGCACACGGUUUGAUUAAAUAAUGACGACGCACAAAUGACUAGAGGGAGUCCGACCAGCAAUUUAUUUGAUUGUGCCGGGCUCAGACCUGCUGCGCUUUGUUUAAAAAAAAGACCGCAUGUGACUGACUAGUACAUUUUUUACAUCUUUAGUCAUUUAGCAGACGCUCUUAUCCAGAGCGACUUACAUGAGCAAUUAGGGUUAAGUGCCUUGCUCAAGGGCACAUCGACAGAUUUUUCACCUAGUUGGCUCGGGGAUUAGAACCAGCGACCUUUCGGUUACUGGCACAACGCUCUUAACCACUAAGCUACCUGCCGCCCCGUUGUCUCUCUCCUCCCUGCUGCAGUGACCACAGAACAUCAGUGUCCGUGUUGCGGAAGCUGCAACAUAAUUACAGCGGUUUAUGACUGAAAAGUUCUGUUUCCCGAAAUCGCUAAUUUGUUUAGGAAAAGCAUUCCCUAUUUCCUCAACCCAUGCUGUCUUUACGUGACACAUGGAUGCAUCGCACCAUGGCCAGCAAAACUACCCCUUGGUACUCAGUUUUUUAUUAGAAAUUUGACAGUUAUGACGGAAGCCUGGAGGUGUGAAGAUAAAGUAUUUCAACAUUUCCAGGUGAUAGGGCCACACUCAACUCCAGCUUGGUUCCCAAGUUUCUAAACCAAACCAUCUUUCCUAUAGUGUCGCCAUAAUACAUAUAAACAAAAGCAUUCAUAGGAUAAAUGUAGGUCAUUCAUAUAUAGCUUAUGCGCAGCACUUAUUUCAAUUUAUCGAAUCAGUUAUUGUUUUCAUGCCCAAACCACGAGCAACACCUGUGAAACUCAGAUAUUUCUCUCAAAACACAGGAAUGUCGAUUCACACGGGACUAGUAUUACCAGAGGACCUUGGAGUUCGCCACAAAAAACAGGUUAUUCUGGCUGGAAUUGUUACACUCCUGCCAUAUAAAAAAUUACUGCCAUGGCACAUUCGGACAGAACUAAAAUUACUGAUGUGGUGUUUUGUGCUCGUGCAAAUAAUUACAAUUACCUGACCUCCCCCGGUAAAACUUAUCCCGUCCCAAUGGGGCACAAUAGGGGCCUGACCUAUGGCAUCAUCACAUCAAUAAAUUGGUUAUAACAAACUGUGAACACCGUAACACGUGACAGCAAAAUGGAUGCAGAGGACGUGACAAAUAUAAACUCUAAAACGGGGGAAUGUUUACCGGUUGCUCAGGAGGUAAAGGGAAAGUCGGCUGUGUGGAAUACAUGUGACUAGUUGUGGAAAAUAAUGGAGAUCAAGAAAAACAAGGUAAGGAGCAAGCUCUGCUUGCAUAUUAUGCCAAACAGGUGCUGUAUUUAUAAUAUAAUUUAUAUAACAAUAUGAUUUUUCUGACCGUUUGGAACAAUGUAAAGCGUACCAGAGUAAACAAUAUUUUUUUUUGUUACGCCUUUUAUUGCAGCAAAGACUAAAAACAGUCACAUUCAUUCGUGAAUGCAAUUUCCCGAAAUGGAACGGUUUAUUUAUUGUAUAAGCUAAUUAUUCAAGGCGCGCUUUAUUUUUUAAACUAAUAUGCUUGAUUGCAUUUCAAAUCAUGAAUGACUCGUAUGCUCUGUGAUGACAUGAAUGAAUGAUUGAUACAGUAUCCUAUAGAUGUAUUGAAAUAUAGGCCUAAGUAAGUUAUGGUAUUAAGACUAAACAGGAUGUGCUCUUAGGCCUACAGCUCGAUGGUGGUUAUACAAGGCUGCUAUACUAAGACUACUAAUGAUGAUGACAUCACUUAUUAUAAUAACAAGAAGGAGAUCAAGAAAAAGGAGCAUUAUUAUAAUAAAUGCAAAUUCAGACAAUUUGGAACAGUGUAAACAACACUAAAUAAAUAAUACCAGGUAUGCUGUUCUAACGGGAAAAAAAAUGUAAAGUGUAAAGCCUUUACUACAGUAAAGCAAAAAAACGGAAUUUGUGAAAUUGUUUACUUGACAUGUCGUUGCGUGAGGCUUAGUGCUCACGGAAUUAGUAGGCAUUAAACAAACACAGAAGCAGGAUCUGUCUUAUUUAUAUAUAUAUAUAUGAUUUAUAAAUUGUGUUCCUUUUUUUUUUUUUUUUUUUUAUAAAGCCAGGCCCAUUUAACAGUUAGGCUAUUGAUUAUAGACCUAAUUAAGUUGGUUUCCUCUCUCCUCACUUUUCUUAGACUAUAAGUCAAGGGCUGUUUUCUCAUCUCAUUCUACUGCUGCCUCCGCCACAUUGUUCUCAACACCAAUAUGCUGGUUAACUUUUCUAUUAUGCACAUAGCAACAUGGUCUAGGAAAAGGCGCCAAUUCAACAGCGCGCUGACGUGUUUCAGAACCGUGUACAGCGGCCGCUAUCCAACGAGGGAGAAAGUGCAUUUGUUAUAAAAUAUUUGUAUUAGUGUUGCACAUAAUUUUAGUAGCACGUGUCUUAGACUGAUGGGCGGUGCCAUCCCCACGGCCUCCACACUAGAUCAGUCCACUCUGCGCGAAUCGGACACCAUGAGAUUUUGUAUUUUUUUGGGGGCUACUGUUCGACUACAGAAAUCUCGGUCGACCAACAGCCAGUCGACUAAAUGGGGUUUAUGCCACCUUUUUAAAAGGUAAUGUAUUUUAAAAGUUAAAAUGAAUACGGGAGUCUAUAUGGAAUUCUAUGAUUAAGCCCAUAACAAUUUUUCACAAAAAAAUGCUCCCGUACUGGGAAGAAAUACAAAAUAACUUUCAAAUUUCACCCCUGCUUAAUUCUCAACUUGGAACUUAUCAGUCUUCUCAACUCCCAUCGCUAGUUGCAGGUGGAAUGUUGGAAUUGAGAAAAGGUGUCUUGAGUGUGAGCGAUUCAAAAUGUUACUUUGUGAUUUAUGAAAGGGGUCAUAUACAUUUGAGUCUGGCUGUAGUUUUUAGUCAAAUCAUUUGAUCCCAAAUCUCUGGCCUAACAUGCUUUGUCUCCUCUUGUGCAAAGGUAUGGGUUUGUUGAAUUUGAUGACCCCCGCGAUGCAGAUGAUGCUGUGUAUGACCUGAAUGGGAAAGACCUGUGUGGGGAGAGGGUUAUUGUGGAGCACACAAAGGGGCCGCGGCGGGACGGCAGCUACGGCUCAGGAGGAGGAGGAGGAGGAGGGGAGGAGGAGGAGGCGGCGGCGGAGGAGGAGGUGGUGGUGGUGGAGGUGGAAGAAGUAAGUUUACAAUGCAGUGGUGCUUUAACAUUAGUUGAAAUGUAAUUGAGGAGGCCAACAUGGCAGUGUAUAGUAUGUAGGAGAAGAGACUACUGCAUAACGUCUCAAGUUUGUCCUUGGUGGUUGUAGUUCAUAUAAUUGUGUUCCUUUACAUUUAGGUAAUUUCGCAGACGCUCUUAUCCAGAGUGACUUAGUCAGUGCGUUCAACUUCAGGUAUUGGGUAAGGUAGCCACAUAUCUUAGUUAGUAAAACACAUACUUUGUGUUUCAGCUAUUUGUUAAUGCUGCCUGUGAUGACGUGUCCACCAGAUGUCCGUUUUUUUUUAAACCUUUAUUUACCAAGUGGUUUUAUGUUUAAUCUGAUGGACUCUGUUCAAACGCUUGUUGCUUCCUUGGGGAUAGUAGUGAUGGUAACUUGUAGUCAGUGAAAAUUGUACCACCAAUACCAUAUUGGUAUCCAUGGUCACAGCUGGCACUGUCAUACACUCCAUUCAUCAUCUGGGUUGUGCUCUGCUCACGCCAUGGUCCCACCGCACUGAUUCCAUCCCUUUUAUGAUUGAUUAAUUGCACCUCAAGUUGUUUUUCUGUGACUUUUUUUAUGAGGACACAUUUAACUCAUUUGCUGUAGUUUCAGCUAGUUUCUGGGACAAGGGGUUGCCAGUGUUCUGUUCUAAAUCCGGCCUAUUAGGUCACUCCUAAGUCUAAUUAGCAUACGUGUGUCGCAUUCUAGCAGAUACCCAUAGACUUCCAGGCGUUGCGUUAAUGCUAGUUAGCAUUGGCUCGCAAAAAAAAAAAAUACCUCCAACUUCUGUCAUGCUGGACACAGACAUGAAAAUGGUAUCCAUGAGUUAACCUGACUCUGGGGAAUUAGAUAAAGGGGUGUCAUUGCCAAAAUCACAAAGUAUCCCUUUUUAAGACACCGUUUUUGUAUUGUCUUGCAGAUGUAGUCACAUCACGGACAAGCUAGUACUACAAAAUAAAGCCUUUUAUGGUACUUAACAGUAAUUGUUUGAGUAAUGGGUGUAGAGAACACAUUUUAUAUUUGAGUUGAAUGAGGGAAUUAAAAUUACAUGCACCACAGCCACCAAAUGACAUGCCAUUAUCUUGGGAACCUGUAUGCUUGAUUUGAAACUGUUACAGGGAAACAAAUGCACUUGUAUUCGUUCAAAUUGUCAGGGGAAAACUAGCUUGAGAUUCACUACCGUUGAAUAUUUGCUGAUUAAAUGAUCUAAUGUGAUUUGAAUAGAAUAACUAGCUAAUUUGUUUGAAUAAUUUGAGAAUCGUGUAAUCUACUGUUUUUAUUCAGGAUUCUUUUUAUUUUGUUUAAUUAAAUGAAUGUUGAAUAAUAAAGGUAAAGAUUUAACAAAGAACCUCAAUGUUUUAAUUGAAAGAGUCCUUUGCUGACUGCCUGCCCCUAUUGCUGGCCUGGCCAUGGUGUCCCCUUUCCAACCAAGAGUGUGGUUUGACCAUUCUGGGCCCCUGGGCAGACCAAAAAAGGGAGCCAUUGUGAAUGAAGACCGCUUGUCCCAUUAGCCCCAGGCCGGGUGGUGAGGAUGCCAUUGGGUUAGGAACAGAUGUGGGUUGAGCUCUUAUCGGUGCCUGAAACAAAUGUGAAAUGUCUCUAGAUUUAGAUGUGCUAGUUAAAAAACGUAAACUUUAGUGUCACCGUAAGUACUGUCUUCAGUGAGUUUUUUCUUUAUCUAGCUUUUCAUUUUGAUUUAAGUUUGUAUGUAGAGUUUUGUAUUCAGUUCUACCCAAACUUGAAUCAGUUAAUGAUUUUAGUUGUUAAGAUGCUGUUGAAGAUUAAGGAUAGGCUAUGUCAGUGUUCCUGAUGGAAAUGUGCAAUUUUCUAGGUAAUAUAGUCUAAACACAGGUUUGAUUACCUUUUUUUGGUUAGCCCAUUAUCUAUUUAAUUUCUCCCAGAUUUUACAAGUGGCCAUUGUUUACGUAAUGUAGCUUGGAGUUUAGUAUUGAGGCUGUCCUCUAGGUGUGUCCCUGCCCUAAUUGCUGCUGCUCUGUCCUUGUUACCUUGAAGGCGGGGGCGGGUAUGGGCGUGGCGGCAGAGACCGAUAUGGCCCACCAGCAAGGACAGACUAUCGGCUGAUUGUUGAGAACCUGUCCAGCCGCUGCAGCUGGCAGGACCUGAAGGUAUGGUGGCGACGGGUUAUUCAGCAAUGAUAACGCUCUCUUCCUUAUGAUUUCGGCAUCCCAUGUUAAUGUUUGGAGAGAAACAGUUUUAGCAUUUUUGCAUGUACAGUGAGGGAAAAAAGUAUUUGAUCCCCUGCUGAUUUUGUACGUUUGCCCACUGACAAAUAAAUGAUCAGUCUAUAAUUUUAAUGGUAGGUUUAUUUGAACAGUGAGAGACAGAAUAACAACAACAAAAAUCCUGAAAAACGCAUGUCAAAAAUGUUAUAAAUUGAUUUGUUUUUUAAUGAGGGAAAUAAGUAUUUGACCCCCUCUCAAUCAGAAAGAUUUCUGGCUCCCAGGUGUCUUUUUAUACAAGUAACGAGCUGAGAUUAGGAGCACACUCUUAAAGGGAGGCUAAGAGUUAACAAUGUCUACACUGUAUUUCUGAUCAAUUUGAUGAUAUUUUAAUGUACAAGAAAAUUGCUUUUCUUUCAAAAACAAGGACAUUUCUAAGUGACCCCAAACUUUUGAACGGUAGUGUAUAUAACAUGAAACGUGUAUAUAACAUGAAACGUGUAUAUAACGUAUACCAUAUUAAUUCAAUUGUAUCUUUGUGGUUUGCUCACCUAAUGCCAACCUUUCCGUUCCUUCACCAGGACUACAUGAGGCAGGCGGGUGAGGUGACGUAUGCUGACACCAAUAAGGGGCGCCGGAACGAAGGGGUGAUAGAGUUCAGGCUGUACUCUGACAUGAAGAGAGCCCUGGAGAAGCUGGACGGCACCGAGGUGAACGGCAGGAAGAUCCGGCUGAUUGAGGACCGCCCGGGGGCCAAGCGCAGCAAGCGCUCCUACUCUCGCAGUCGCAGCCGCUCUAGGUAAAUAAUAAUAUGCCAUUUAGCAGACGCUUUUAUCCAAAGCGACUUACAGUCAUGCACGCAUACAUUUUUUGUGUAUGGGUGGUCCCGGGGAUCGAACCCACUACCGUGGCGUUACAAGCGCCGUGCUCUACAGCUCUGAGCUACAGAGGACCAAGAAUGCUGAUUUAGCUAGAAGUCUCCGUUUUUUUAUGACGCAAGAUUUGUUGAUUAGUCUGUGAUCAGUGACUGAAGCUAAGGCUGCAUUUACAAUUUUGAUCUUUCUUUGCCACUAAUUGGUCAUUUGACCAAUCAGAUCUGUUGCCCAUAAUUGGGCGAAAUAUCAGCGUUGAUUGGCUGUGUAAACACAGCCUAAUUGAUCGUGUCCAACAUGGAGUAGGUCUUCUAGAAGAGGAUGUGAUUUCAGCUGUAUAUGAGACUGACUGAUCUCUAAAUGAUUAGUGGUUAUUUAUGAUGCAAAAUGACCUUUCGAUCAGUCAAUCAGAAUUGAUGCUCUCAAAACACGGCCUGUAUCUUCAAGGGGACGUAGUGAUUUUAGUUUUCUAGGGCUGUUGUUAUGGUGACUCUAUUACCGCCACCCCGGCAGUCAUGACCGCAUUAAAAUUCCACGUGACCGUUGAGUCACGGUGAUCUCCUGUUAUGCACUCUGGACAUGCUUUGGUACUACCCAACUCGCUAACGACCAUCAGGUCCUAAUGGCCUGGUACUCAGGGCUCUAUUGUCCCUCUAACCAUCAGGUCCUAAUGGCCUGGUACUCAGGGCUCUAUUGUCCCUCUAACCAUCAGGUCCUAAUGGCCUGGUACUCAGGGCUCUAUUGUCCCUCUAACCAUCAGGUCCUAAUGGCCUGGUACUCAGCGCUCUAUUGUCCCUCUAACCAUCAGGUCCUAAUGGCCUGGUACUCGGGGCUCUAUUGGCCCUCUAACCAUCAGGUCCUAAUGGCCUGGGACUCAGGGCUCUAUUGUCCCUCUAACCACUCUGACAUCAAUGGAAAUGCCAUCGAAAAUCACAUCGAACACUUAUCAUCAAAACAGUAUCCUGCUUUUAAAACUCACCUCACUGUGAUGAUCAAUUUGAAGAAAGUUCACCAGCAGGUUGAAACGGUGUAAAACAUGGUUGUUGUGGAUGUUGUUUCAAAGCCUAACACAUCGAAAUGGACAGGUUUUCUAGGGUGAUGAUUCAUUCAAAACACCUGUGCACAUAUUAGAUCAUAUGCAUAGGCUUAUUAGCCCAAGCCUCUGAAAAAAUAAAAACUGAAUUAAAAUGGAUUUAGCCGUUAUACAGUACAUAGCCUACCACAUAUUACACAUGGCAGAAAAACAUAAAAUAUAACUGAUUUUAAAUUGUCUUUGGUACAUAAUUGGUCUAACCUAUACUCCAAAAUUAAACAAAUUAGAGUAAUUGCCUUUGAGUGUGGACUGUAUUGCAUACUGGAUGGACUGGUUAUCAUGCUGCUACUCCCACAUUUCUAUAUAUUAGUCUGGGAGAGAACGUAUAGCCCUAGUCAUUGGAAGAAAAAAAAAUAUAUAUAUAUAUUUUACCUUUUAUUUAACUAGGCAAGUCAGUUUAGAACAAAUUCUUAUUUACAAUGACGGCCUACACCGGCCAAACCCGGACGACGCUGGGCCAAUUGUGCACCGCCCUAUGGGACUCCCAAUCACGGCCGGUUGUGAUACAGCCUGGAAUCGAACCAGGGGGUCUGUAGUGACGCCUCAAGCACUGAGAUGCGGUGCCUUAGACCGCUGCGCCACUCGGGAGCCCAAUGCUGUUGGUUCAUUGAUUGUGCAGGGCGGCUUACAGUUAGCCUACAAUUAUAGUGAAUUUGAUUUUGAAUAGCCUAGUAAUAGGGCAUUUUUUAAAAAAUAUUUUCAUAGUUAAUUGACACAUUACCUUUUUAGCUACAUAAUAUCUCACCACCAUGCGUUUCCAUCUCCCCUCGCUCCUUUAUUCCUUUCUCCAGCGCACAGACGGGCUGUCAACCAGUUUAGUGAAAACAUGUUACUAUCGAUGUUCCCGAACAUACUUGACUUGGUUUCCCCAAAUGAAGCACUGGGUAGCUGCAGGAACGAGGUUGGAGAGCCCCAUGGCACACACAGAGUCUGGGUGGAACGUCACCUGUCGGGGCAGCGAGAGCACGCUCCUCAAUGGUUGACCCCGUCGGGGCAGCGAGAGCACGCUCCUCAAUGGUUGACCCUGUCGGGGCAGCGAGGGCACGCUCCUCAAUGGUUGACCCUGUCGGGGCAGCGAGAGCACGCUCCUCAAUGGUUGACCCUGUCGGGGCAGCGAGAGCACGCUCCUCAAUGGUUGACCCUGUCGGGGCAGCGAGAGCACGCUCCUCAAUGGUUGACCCGUCGGGGCAGCGAGAGCACGCUCCUCAAUGGUUGACCCGUCGGGGCAGCGAGAGCACGCUCCUCAAUGGUUGACCCGUCGGGGGCAGCGAGAGCACGCUCCUCAAUGGUUGACCCGUCGGGGCAGCGAGAGCACGCUCCUCAAUGGUUGACCCCGUCGGGGCAGCGAGAGCACGCUCCUCAAUGGUUGACCCCGUGGGGCAGCGAGAGCACGCUCCUCAAUGGUUGACCCGUCGGGGCAGCGAGAGCACGCUCCUCAAUGGUUGACCCCGUCGGGGCAGCGAGAGCACGCUCCUCAAUGGUUGACCCCGUCGGGGCAGCGAGAGCACGCUCCUCAAUGGUUGACCCCGUGGAGGGCAGCGAGAGCACGCUCCUCAAUGGUUGACCCGUCGGGGCAGCGAGAGCACGCUCCUCAAUGGUUGACCCGUCGGGGCAGCGAGAGCACGCUCCUCAAUGGUUGACCCUGUCGGGGCAGCGAGAGCACGCUCCUCAAUGGUUUGACCCCGUGGAGGGCAGCGAGAGCACGCUCCUCAAUGGUUGACCCCGUCGGGGGCAGCGAGAGCACGCUCCUCAUGGUUGACCCUGUCGGGGCAGCGAGAGCACGCUCCUCAAUGGUUGACCCGUGGAGGGCAGCGAGAGCACGCUCCUCAAUGGUUGACCCCGUCGGGGCAGCGAGAGCACGCUCCUCAUGGUUGACCCUGUCGGGGCAGCGAGAGCACGCUCCUCAAUGGUUGACCCCGUCGGGGCAGCGAGAGCACGCUCCUCAAUGGUUGACCCCGUCGGGGCAGCGAGAGCACGCUCCUCAAUGGUUGACCCUGUCGGGCAGCGAGAGCACGCUCCUCAAUGGUUGACCCCGUCGGGGCAGCGAGAGCACGCUCCUCAAUGGUUGACCCCGUCGGGGCAGCGAGAGCACGCUCCUCAAUGGUUGACCCCGUCGGGGCAGCGAGAGCACGCUCCUCAAUGGUUGACCCCGUCGGGGCAGCGAGAGCACGCUCCUCAAUGGUUGACCCGUCGGGGCAGCGAGAGCACGCUCCUCAAUGGUUGACCCUGUCGGGGCAGCGAGAGCACGCUCCUCAAUGGUUGACCCUGUCGGGGGCAGCGAGAGCACGCUCCUCAAUGGUUGACCCUGUCGGGGCAGCGAGAGCACGCUCCUCAAUGGUUGACCCUGUCGGGGCAGCGAGAGCACGCUCCUCAAUGGUUGACCCUGUCGGGGCAGCGAGAGCACGCUCCUCAAUGGUUGACCCUGUCGGGGCAGCGAGAGCACGCUCCUCAAUGGUUGACCCCGUCGGGGCAGCGAGAGCACGCUCCUCAAUGGUUGACCCUGUCGGGGCAGCGAGAGCACGCUCCUCAAUGGUUGACCCUGUCGGGGGCAGCGAGAGCACGCUCCUCAAUGGUUGACCCGUGGAGUGAAAUAAGUGUUAUAGUUCUUUCUCAGCUGCUCAUAUUAAGCACAUGCUCCUCUAUAAAACCAAAGUAGCUUACAAAAACGGCGGGAAAGCGGCCUCCAUUCGCUAUUUGAGUGCCUACAGAUGACAUGUCUUUUCUCCCGUGCCCCUGUUCCUGCCCAUUUUGAUAACGGGCCAUCCUAAAGCUAAACAAAUUUUACGUAUUAGUAAAGACGAGAUUAAAUUGAGAAUAGUCUGAUGGGUGAAAAUACGAUGACUUGAUGAGAGAACAGCGUGUGCAGCCGGAGGCAAUGAACAGAGCUCAAGCUUUUUUUUCUCCCUUCUACUUUCUCGAAUCAUCAAUAGCCUAUAGUCGCACCAUGCAGCCCAUAUGUUUUGAUUUCUGAGUCAUUCUAUGGUUUAUCAUUCACAAGUAAAGUUGCCAAAUAACUCUAAGUCUAGCGUAUAGGACCUGUUUUCAAAUGAUCAAGUUUACGCUCAACAUAGCUCUGUAAUGGGAAAAAUAUCCUUUCUAUUGUAUUCAGCUAAGUUGAGUUAUAUUCUUCUUUUUAGUAUUAAAAUCCUAUAGAAUAAUGGCACAGGACUUAUAAGCAUAUCUUGUCGGCUAAAUGAACAGGCCUAUGGCAUGGCGCAUAGCCAGGUAACAUACAGUAGGCCAACUCCUAUUCUGUUCUUCAGAAAUGCAUUUUCUUCAUAUCAUGUUUUUUAAGACCUGACUAAAAUAAUGCAUUUAUUCUAAUGGUGUAUAUUAACUUAUUUGAUUUUUUUUUUUUUUUAUGUAAAUGUUCCAACGGCGCCCAUCAGCGGCUUGUAUUCCUGGCGACGCUAAACGUGUUUGUUAAUUAACGGUAAAUGACCGUUGGACCGGCAGCUUUUGCGUGACAAUAACCGACUGACAGAAAGUAAUGACCGCCACAGUGCUAGUUGUGUCCCUCAAUGCAUUGCUUUGCCACAAGUUCAAUAACGUGUUUAUGAGACUGAUUGAUCUAUAAAUCGUAACGAGUAGUUAUUUGAUGGAAGGUCUUUAAUCAUCGACUGAGCAAAAUGUAUGCGUUUAAAACACGGCCUAUAUAUUGAAAGGACUCUUUAGUUAUUUCAGUUGCCCCCCCUCAAUGCAUUGCUUUCUCACCAGUUCACAGUUAAGAUUCACUCUUCGAUUGGUCUGCACGUCACUCUAAGCUUCUUUCAUGUACAUGGCUUACCUUUUUUAACGUACGUUCUCCUUCCUCUGUCUCCAGGUCCCGUUCCAGGAGCCGUGGGUCCCGUAAGAGCCGCAGCGACAGCAGCAGUCGUAGCCGCUCCAGGUGAGGCCAGGCAACGUUUGACUCAUAGACCCAUAUAUCAAGGGUGACCCCUGACCUCUUUUUUUAAUGUGUCCCAAAUGGCACCCUAUUCCCUAUGUAGCGUACUACUUUUUGACCAGGGCUUUGGUCAAAAUUAGUGCACUAUAUAGGGAAUAGGGUGCCAUUCAUAUCUCUACUUCUGCCCUUAUCUACUGCGACUAUACUUAGUCGUUUUUCUGAGGGACAUCUGUAUCACCCGUUUCUCAAGUCACUGUGUGUAGUAAAUAUCCACUUACCCAGAGCUCUUGACUCAGUAUGAACUUUGCCCCCCUUUUUUUUGUUUCUACCCAGAUGUCCUAACAGAUGUCAUGACCAGUUAGUGCUAGGGGUGGUGGCUAUUUUUACAUUGCUGCAGUUCAAUUACAUUUUAGUUGACUGGUUGUCUGUCUGCUCCUUCCUGUUCCCCAGGGGUGCUGCCUCACGCUCACGUAGUCGCUCCCACAGCAAGAAGGACAAGACCAAGGGCCGCAGAGAGGAGGAGCGCACCAACGGUGCCCACAAGGCCAAGGAGGGGCGCGGGGGCCGAGACGAGGGGCGCAGCAGGAGCCGCAGCAGGAGCCGCAGCAAGAACAAAAAAAGCAUCAAGAAAGAAGGGAAGAGGGACAGGAAGGAUGAGUCCAGGUCCCGCUCCCGCUCUCGCUCCAGAUCGGCAGCCAAGGAUCGCUCCAGGAAGUCUGGCUCCAAGAGCCGCGAGCCGGCCAAGAGCGACGACGAGGGAGCUGCAGCUGAGAAGGCGGCCCCCCGUACCCGCUCUCGCUCCCAUACUCCCACUGAAUCUAAACCUAAGUCAAAGUCUAAGUCCAAGUCCAAAUCUCCAUCUCCCUCCCCGGCCAAAGCCCGCUCCCGUUCCCCCUCCGUCUCCCGCUCAGAGUCCCGCUCCAAAUCUCGCUCCGCGUCUCGUUCUCGCUCCCGUUCUCGAUCACAGUCCUGA